UCAGAUUCGUUAUCCAUGUUCCCACCACUACAUCCUCCCUCACCUGAAUCUAAAUCCCAUCCCACACUUUCUUCAUCCUCAACGAAGAAAAGGAAAAGGGAAAACACAGACGAGAUGUCUCUUACGAUCCCAACUAAUCUCUCAAAAUCUAUUUUGAAGCCAAAGCUGAACUCCCGAGUUACUCCCAAGGUUUCAACAAGAUCAUUGAUCGUAUGCUCCUCUUCCGACAAAUCUGCUUCACCACUCCAAGCCUUCUCGGCGGCACUUGCUCUUUCUUCCAUCCUUCUUUCAGCUCCGCUUCCCGCUGUUGCUGACAUUUCGGGUCUCACUCCAUGCAAAGAGUCCAAGCAAUUCGCCAAGCGCGAGAAGCAGCAGAUCAAGAAGCUGGAGUCUUCGUUAAAGCUGUACGGCCCCGACAGCGCACCGGCUCUCGCCAUCAAAGCGACCAUUGAGAAAACCAAGAGGCGCUUCGACAACUACGGCAAGUACGGCCUGCUCUGCGGCUCCGAUGGGUUGCCUCAUUUGAUAGUGAGCGGCGACCAGAGGCACUGGGGUGAGUUCAUCACUCCCGGGCUGCUGUUCUUGUACAUCGCCGGAUGGAUCGGGUGGGUUGGAAGGAGCUAUCUCAUUGCUAUAAGCGAUGAAAAGAAGCCAGCCAUGAAGGAGAUCAUCAUCGAUGUGCCUUUGGCUACCAGUCUCAUCUUCAGAGGCUUUAUUUGGCCUGUUGCUGCCUACAGAGAGUUCGUCAAUGGUGACCUUGUUGUCAAGGACGUCUAAUCUCCUCAGAGCUUUGAAUGGGACGACGACUAGGAUGGGAGCGCUUUAGACUGAAUAUUUAUGGAAAAGAGGCGUGUUGUGAAUUUCUUGUACUUCAUGUAAAGUUUUCUGUAAUCGUUAUGUAACGCUUGCUAGUGUUAAACAUAUGGAUCUGGUUUUUCUUUCCAUUU